UACUGAUACUAUGGCGGCGAAACUUGUUUCGAGCUGGUACAAAGAAGUGGAGUGUUUGCCCGAAAGCUACAUAUUACCGCCGGAGGAGCGGCCCGGCGACCGCCCAGUCCCCGUCAGCAACCAAAUCCCCGUGGUGGAUCUGGAGGCACCGGACUCCGCUCAGCUCAUCGUCGACGCCUGCCAGGAGUUCGGUUUCUUUCAGGUGACGAAUCAUGGAGUUGGGGAGGAGUUGAUGGAGGAUGGGAUGAAGGUGUUCGAGGAGUUCUUCGGGAUGUCCAAGGAAGAAGAGGGAGUGGUUUGUAAUUUGUACUCCGACACCCCAACCACGGAGCCGUGCGUGGUUAGCACCAGCAGUGGGAACAAUGUGAAGAGUGAGAAGGUUCAUUUCUGGCGUGACGUUCUCAGGCACAGUUGCCAUCCUCUCCAUCAAUACCUUCCCUUUUGGCCUCACAAGCCCCACAGAUACAGAGAGGUAGUGGGAGAGUGCUCGGUGGAGGUGAGGAAGUUGGGUUUCAGGAUUUUGGAGAAAAUCAGCCAAGGCCUUGGCCUGAGCAGCGGCUACCUGGAAGAGUUCAGCAAGUUUAUGUACCUGCAAGUCAAUCAUUACCCGCCCUGCCCCGAUCCCACCCUCAGCCUGGGAGUGUACAAGCACGUCGACCCAACCAUCUUAACCAUUCUGCGCCAGGACUCCUACGGCCUCCAGGUCUUCAAGGACGCCCACUGGAUCGGAGUCCAGCCCAUCCCAAACGCAUUUGUCGUCAACGUCGGCCACCAGCUGCAGAUUAUCAGUAACGGGAAGCUGAAAAGUGCUGAGCACAGGGCUGUGACGAAUUCCGUCAAGGCUCGAACAUCGGGGGCUUUCUUUCUGCAUCCCGACGUCGACACCAUCAUCGAACCAGCGAAAGCUCUGGUCGAUGCGGCGAACCCUGCUCUCUACAGGUCCUUCCCAUCCUACGAGUUCGUUAAGCGGUAUAGCGCGAACCGCGGAGACGUUGAGGAAACCAUCAAGGCUUUUCAGCUCUGAUAAAAGCUGCUUUCACCUCAUCUAUGUCGUGUUU